CCAGCUCCCAUUCAGACCAACAGUAACAACAGAGGGGUCAUCCUGGACAUAUCCACCCUUAAAAUGGAGCAGGUGGAGAGCGAGGCGCUGCCCCUGCCACACCGCCUCCGCUUCAGAGAUGUGCUGCUGGGGGACCGGAGCUACCAGCAUGACGACAGGGUGCAGAUAGAGUUUUAUGUGAAUGAAAAUACCUUCAAGGAGCGCCUGAAGCUUUUCUUCAUCAAAAACCAAAGAUCAAGCCUGAGGAUCCGUGUGUUCAACUUCUCCCUGAAGCUGCUGACCUGUCUGAUGUACAUCAUCAGAGUGAUGACAGACAACCCGGGCCAAGGAGCUGGCACCAGCCACAUACCAGGAGAUCCAGCAGGGGCCAGCACCAUCAACAAAUGUGUGAACUGCCAGCUGAAUGGCUCAGUGCAUGACAGUGAGAUUAACUGGGAGUUGAUCUUCUGGGUGGAUAGAAAGGUCACUGUCUGGGCGAUACAGGUGAUUGUGGCCACCAUCAGCUUCCUGGAGGCAAUGUUACUGAUGUAUCUGAGCUACAAGGGUAACAUAUGGGAGCAGAUGUUCCAGGUGUCCUUUCUUCUGGAAAUGAUAAACACGGUGCCCUUCAUCAUCACGAUAUUCUGGCCCCCAAUAAGGAACAUCUUCAUCCCUGUAUUUCUCAACUGUUGGCUGGCCAAAUGUGCGUUGGAAAACAUGAUAAAUGAUGUUCACAGAGCCAUCCAGAGGACCAACUCAGCAAUGUUCAACCAGGUCCUUAUUCUCAUCUGCACCCUGCUUUGCCUCGUCUUUACUGGGACAUGUGGAAUCCAGCACCUGGAGCGGGCAGGGAAAAACCUCUCUCUCUUCAAUGCCUUCUACUUCUGUAUCGUCACCUUUUCCACUGUUGGCUUUGGAGACGUCACUCCUCGCAUAUGGCCCUCACAACUACUGGUGGUCAUCAUGAUCUGUGUGGCUCUGGUGGUACUGCCUUGGCAGUUUGAGGAACUGGUCUAUUUGUGGAUGGAGAGGCAGAAGUCAGGAGGGAAUUACAGCCGACACAGGGCCCAGACAGAGAAGCAUGUAGUGCUGUGUGUCAGCGGGCUCAAAAUAGACUUGAUCAUGGAUUUCCUCAAUGAAUUCUAUGCCCACCCGAGGCUGCAGGAUUACUAUGUGGUGAUCCUGUGCCCUACGGAAAUGGAUAUCCAGGUGAGGAGAGUGCUACAGAUCCCUCUCUGGUCCCAAAGGGUCAUAUAUCUGCAGGGAUCUGUUCUCAAAGACUUGGACUUGAUGAGAGCCAAGAUGGAUGAUGCUGAGGCCUGCUUUAUCCUAAGCAGCCGCAAUGAGGUGGACCGCAUGGCCGCAGACCACCAGACCAUCUUGAGAGCGUGGGCAGUAAAGGACUUUGCUCCAAACUGCCCUCUCUACGUGCAAAUACUCAAACCUGAAAAUAAGUUCCAUGUUAAAUUUGCAGAUCAUGUUGUAUGUGAAGAGGAGUUCAAGUAUGCCAUGUUGGCACUCAACUGUGUAUGUCCAGCCACCUCCACCCUCAUCACGCUCCUUGUCCACACCUCACGCGGACAAGAAGGACAACAGUCUCCAGAGCACUGGCAAAGGAUGUAUGGAUGUUGCUCUGGAAACGAGGUCUACCAUAUCCGCCUGGCUGACAGCAAGUUCUUCGGAGAGUACGACGGCAAGAGCUUUACAUAUGCCUCCUUUCACGCUCACAAGAAGUAUGGUGUAUGUCUGAUUGGUGUAAAGAGGGAAAACAACAAGAGCAUCCUGCUUAACCCUGGCCUGCGGCAUAUCAUGGCUGCUGCAGACACCUGCUACUACAUCAAUAUCACCAAGGAAGAGAACUCAGCCUUCAUAUUCAACCAGGAGGGAAGGAAGGGGCGCGUUGCUGAGGGGCUCUACGACAGACCCUCGCAGCUUCCUGUACACAGUAUCAUUGCAAGUAUGGGUACUGUUGCGAUGGAUCUUCAGCACACCAGCCCACCCGACAUCUCAGGUGGUAAGCUGGUCCCACCCUCAGCGAACGGAGCAGGGAACCGCCGGCCGAGCAUUGCUCCUGUCCUGGAGAUCACCGACUCCUCCUCAAUCCUACCAUGUGACCUUCUGAGUGAGCAAUCAGAAGAUGACGCUGCCUUCUUAGAUGGGAAAGGCCACUCUUCUACUGAGUAUGUGAAAGGUUAUCCCCCUAAUUCUCCCUACAUUGGUCGCUCUCCCACCUUGUGCCAUCUUUUGGCGGACAAAGCUCCCUUUUGUUGCCUACGACUGGAUCAGGGUUGCAGGCACAACAGCUUCGAAGAUGCAAAGGCAUAUGGUUUUAAAAACAAGCUCAUCAUUGUGUCUGCCGAGACCGCAGGAAAUGGCUUGUACAACUUUAUUGUGCCUCUUAGAGCAUAUUACAGACCCAGGAGAGAGCUCAACCCCAUUGUCCUGCUUCUGGAUAACCCACCAGAUAACCACUUCCUGGAGGCCAUCUGCUGGUUCCCUAUGGUCUACUACAUGGCGGGGACCAUAGACAAUCUGGACAGUUUGCUGCAGUGUGGGAUCAUCUAUGCUGAAAACCUGGUUGUUGUGGAUAAGGAGAGCACAAUGAGUGCGGAGGAGGACUACAUGGCUGAUGCCAAAACAAUAGUCAACGUACAGACUAUGUUCAGGUUGUUCCCCAGCCUGAGCAUCAUCACAGAGCUCACCCAUCCGUCUAACAUGAGAUUCAUGCAGUUCAGGGCCAAAGACUGCUAUUCCCUGGCUCUCUCCAGGCUGGAGAAGAAAGAGCGCGACAAGGGCUCGAACCUGGCGUUCAUGUUCCGCCUGCCGUUUGCUGCAGGGAGGGUAUUCAGUAUCAGCAUGCUGGACACCCUGCUGUACCAGUCUUUUGUGAAGGAUUACAUGAUCCUUAUUGCCAGACUACUGCUGGGACUGGACACCACUCCAGGAUCAGGAUACCUCUGUGUUAUGAAAAUAACCGAGGAAGAUCUGUGGAUCAGGACUUAUGGCAGGCUCUUUCAGAAACUCUGCUCUUCCAAUGCAGAAAUUCCCAUAGGGAUCUACCGGACUGAAUCCCACAUUUUUUCCACUUCUGAGUCCCAGGUGUCAGUCAGUGUGGAGGACAGUGAGGAGGCCAAGGACAGGGUUGAAGAGUCUCAGAGCAACGACCAAUCAGAUCAUCCGUUGCUGAGGAAGAAGAGCAUGCAGUGGGCUCAUCAUCUGAGUAAAAAGAGUGGGAAGUGGCAGGGUAGGAGCCAGGACCCCAGCAGGAACCACGCCCAGCGUAUGGCCCAGCAGCGCCUUAGCCUUCACCGACGGUCGGAAAGAGAGGAGCUAUCUGAACUGGUCCGUAACCGUAUGAAGCAUCUUGGCCUCCCCACGUCUGGGUAUGAGGAAGUGGCUAAUCUUACAGCCAGUGAUGUGAUGAACAGAGUCAACUUGGGAUAUUUACAAGAUGAGCUGAACGACCACCAAAACACCCUGUCCUACGUCCUGAUCAACCCGUCUCCUGACACCAGGCUGGAGCUCAAUGACAUUGUGUACUUGAUCCGGUCAGACCCCUUAGCACAUGUCCCUGAGGAGUUUUCUGUCCAGAGCAGCUGUUUGAAGGGCAGACAUGAAUCCAGCACAGACACCAGAGAAGACACCCAGCUCUGA